AUGAGUAAUUUCCGUGAAAAACUGUUGGCUAAUCUGGACAAAAGCAAACAAAGUGAUCUACACCAGCAGUAUCCUGCAAAGGCGGCCGAUGAAAUUGAGGAUAUACUUUUUCAAAAGUUUCGAACCGAACAGGCAACCAGCAGUGGGGGCAAUAAAUCGCCAGAUCUACGACAGACGCAAACGCAAACCGAUGAUUCCACUGCCGACACGUACCGUUACAUUCCCCGGUUUCACUUCGAGCUGCCGAAGAGCGCGGACUCGCUAGCGCAAAAGUUGCGCGAAGAAGCACGGACACUGUUUCUCCAGAAGCGUAGCAAGGAGCUACUCGAUAAUGGCGAGUUUAAGCUACUGUGGAGUUUACUGGAGAAGCACCAUUCGCCACCGUUGGUGGGUGAGGAGCAGUACAUCAACUACGAGAACUACUGCAAGGUGGGCAUAAUUGCAGGGGAGAAAUUUUGCCGAUAUCUUACAGCGACAACAUUUGCACGGCUGUUGGCUUCGAGCAGUAAUCCGGGCAAGAUCAGUGUGAUCUCGCUGUUUAACUACACAAUGCGCAAGGUUUGGUUGCAGCAGACGCGAAUCGGUCUCUCGCUGUACGACUACACUGGCCAGGGUUUCUUGAGCGAGUCCGACAUGGAGUCUUACAUUCUGGAGUUGAUACCGACCUUUCCGCAGUUGGAAGGGCUGGAAAAGUCGUUCCAUAGUUUCUACGUUUGCACGACGGUGCGCAAGUUUUUCUUCUUUCUCGACCCAUUGCGCACCGGCCGCAUUCGGAUACGGGACGUACUAACGUGCAGCUUUCUGGACGAUCUGCUCGAACUGCGCGAUGAAGAAAUUCCGAAGGAUGCACAGGAGUUGAACUGGUUCUCAGCACCGUCGGCACUGUCUGUGUAUGGGCACUAUCUUAACCUCGACAAAGAUCACAACGGGAUGCUAAGCAAGAAGGAACUGAUAGGGUACGGAUCGGGCACACUAACGCCCAUCUUUCUCGAGCGUGUGUUUGCCGAAUGUCUUACAUACGACGGUGAGAUGGACUACAAGACAUAUCUCGACUUUGUGCUGGCGCUCGAGAAUCGCUCCGAGCCGCAAAGUUUGCACUACCUGUUUCGCAUCCUGGACGUCGAACAUAAGGGCUAUCUGACCGCAUUUACGCUGAACUAUUUUUUCAAGGGCAUACAGGAGGAAUUAUCCGCCCACCGGGCCGAACCUAUAAACUUUGACGAUGUCAAGGAUGAAAUUUUCGACAUGGUUAAACCGACUGAUCCGACCCGUAUCACGCUGAAGGAUCUGAUAAGCUGCGGUCAUGGAGAGACGGUCGUUUCCAUACUGAUUGAGUUCCACAAGUUCUGGGCGUACGAAAACCGGGAGGUAAUGGUAACAUCGACCGCUAGUGAUGAUACGCACAAUUUAUGA